CAAGCAGGCGUUAAUAGUGAGUGAGCGCUGAGGUGAGCGGUGCAGCCAUAUUGCCGCGCUUCGAGUUCAGCAGAGGGGAGUAACCGCGGCUGCAGCCUUGCCAUAGAACCAUCUCAUCUCAAAUCCCACUUGCUCUGGAAGGCACUGUGGAAACGUCAUCUCGUAGGCUAUCCGAGGUAUUUGGAAACCAAAGGUACAGYUCCGCGCACAGACCCAGGAGAAGGAAACAAAAUGCCUAAAGCUGUCAAUGUUCGCGUCACCACCAUGGACGCUGAGCUGGAGUUUGCCGUUCAGCCCAGCACCACUGGCAAACAGCUCUUUGACCAGGUGGUAAAGACCAUUGGCUUGAGGGAAGUCUGGUACUUUGGCCUUCAGUAUAUGGACGCCAAAGGAUACCAUACCUGGCUGAAGCUUGACAAAAAGGUGUCGUCCCAGGAUGUGAAGAAGGAGAACCCGCUGCAGUUCAAGUUCCGCGCCAAGUUCUUCCCCGAGGACGUCUCUGAGGAGCUGAUCCAGGACAUCACCCAGAAGCUGUUUUUCAUGCAGGUGAAGGAGGGCAUCCUAAGCGAUGAGGUCUACUGCCCCCCAGAGACCGCCGUGCUGCUGGCCUCCUACUCCGUCCAGGCCAAGUUCGGAGACUUCACCCGGGACCUCCACCGGCCCGGCUACCUCACCUCAGACCACCUGCUGCCCCAGCGUGUUCUGGAGCAGCAUAAGUUGUCCAGGGAGCAGUGGGAGGAGAGGAUCCAGGUGUGGCACGAGGAACACCGUGGAAUGCUCAAAGAGGAUGCCAUGCUGGAGUACCUGAAGAUCGCCCAGGACCUGGAGAUGUACGGCGUCAACUACUUUGACAUCAAAAACAAGAAGGGGACCGAGCUGUGGCUGGGUGUGGACGCCCUUGGACUCAACAUCUACGAGAAGGAAGACAAACUGACCCCGAAGAUUGGCUUCCCCUGGAGCGAGAUCAGAAACAUCUCCUUCAACGACAAGAAGUUCAUCAUCAAGCCCAUUGACAAGAAGGCCCCGGACUUUGUGUUCUACGCCCCUCGCCUGCGCAUCAACAAGCGCAUCCUGCAGCUGUGCAUGGGCAACCACGAGCUGUACAUGCGCCGCCGCAAGCCCGACACCAUCGAGGUGCAGCAGAUGAAGGCCCAGGCCAGCGAGGAGAAACACCAGAAACAGUUGGAGAGGGCCCAGCUGGAGAACGAGAAGAAGAAGAGGGAGGCCAUCGAGUUAGAGAAGGAGCAGAUGGAGAGAGAGAAGCAGGAGCUAAUGAUGAGGCUCUACCAGUUUGAGGAGAAGACCAAGAAGGCAGAGAAAGACCUUCAGGAGCAGAUGCAACGUGCCAUGCAGCUGGAGGUGGAGAGGAGGAAGGCRGAGGACGAGGCUGCCCGCCUGGAGGCUGAGCGUCAGGCCGCCCUGCUGGCCAAGGAGGAGCUGGCCCGUCACGCCCAGGACCAGAUGCACAACCAGGAGCAGCUGGCCGCGGAGCUGGCCGAGCACACGGCUAAGAUCGCCCUGCUGGAGGAGGCCAAGAGACGCAAGGAGGAAGAGGCCGACACGUGGCAGCACAGGGCCCAGGAGGCCCAGGAAGACCUGCUGAAGACCAAGGAGGAGCUGCACAUGGUGAUGACGGCUCCUCCUCCUCCGCCCCCUCCCCCCAUGUUUGUGGAGGAGCCCAUGUUCGUGGACAACCACGAGGUGACGACUCCGGCAGAGGAGCAGAACGACCACGACAGCGAAGAGAACAACAGCACAUACAGCGCUGACCUGCAGAACGAGGGCUUCAACGACCACCGCCUGGAGGAGGAGCGUCUCACUGAGGCUGAGAAGAAUGAGCGCGUGCAGAAACAGCUUAUGGCCCUGAGCUCGGAGCUGGCCCAGGCACGUGACGACACUAAGCAUACCCAGAACGACCUGCUCCACACAGAGAAUGUGCGCGCCGGCCGGGACAAAUACAAGACCCUGCGGCAGAUCCGAUCGGGCAACACCAAGCAGAGGAUCGACGAGUUUGAGGCCUUAUAAGAGGGCCCUUCCUUCCUAGGCCACGAGGGCCUCACAGCCACGUACCCUUUCUGAAUAGUGUCUGAACUCAUCCCCUCCACUGCUACACGCACACGCAGAYACAGACACACACACGCGCAGACACGGAGACAGACACACAUGCACGUGAGUGCACAAACAUUUGACAUUUUAGUCAUUUAGCAGACGUCCUUAUCCAGAGCGACUUACAUUUAGUGAAUUCAUCACACCUACAAGAGCAGUAUAAAGAGUGAGUGACACACUUUUACUACAGUAGUUACUCCUUAGCUCCCUAACUUACUUCUUUAAUAAACUGUCAGGCGGGGGGGGGGGGGGCUUUUCAAAUUCGUGUGUGAAAACGUACUAAUGCCAAAUCUUCUUUCCUUUUAGCAUAACAAAUCUUCUUUGUGUUUUGAUUGUAAUGUAAUUUGAUGCGAUCAAAUCAAUCACCAUUGUUUUUAACCAAAGGUGUGAUAAUGAGUAGUGGCACUAAACCCUCACUUUUGAUGUUUCGUAAAUGUUGUGUGAAUGUUGAAAAAGGGCAAUAUGUUGUUUUUCAAAGGGACCACUCGGAAAGGGGGAAAAUACAGUAUAAUGAAACUCUUACACUCAGAAAAGUGUACUAUGUUCUGUUUUUCCAUUAUAUUUUGAACACUUCAUUUAUGUUUAAUAUUGUAGCUUGCAAAUCAUGAAUAGUUUAAUAUUUAUACGGUAUAUGGAUCAUUUAAUCUUGGUUUGUAUAUUUUUGCUAUUCUAAUGAUCAUGAGAACAUUUUACAUGUAUCAAAGGUUCUAUAUCGACCAAAAUAAUUGUUUCAUAAGGUUUUCUUUUAGAUCAUUAAAUUAAAGAGAUUUAUUUGUAUAUUA